AUGACAACACUGGGCUGGCCGCCUAGCGAGCCUUUCAUUUGGCUUCACUAGAGGAGGCGGGCUGUGUGCUGUCCAACAGUUUACUGAGAGCUGGAGACCUACAAACUCAAUUUCUGUGGAUCUGUAAAUGAAGUCUAAACCCGACAGACCGGGAGCCUAGUUGAGAUGGCGCUGGACGUUACGAGUUUAACUGGAGAGGACUAUUUGGAGGGGAAAUCUCCCUGUUGUUCAGACACAGGAGCUUUGAAUGAAGGAGACAAAGAGUAUGACGACAUCUUGGAGCUUAAUCAGUUUGAUGGACUGCCUUAUUCCUCCAGGUUUUACAAAAUGCUGAAAGAAAGGAAGGAGCUGCCAGUGUGGAAAGCAAAGUGUGAAUUCAUGGACACUUUGGCCAAAGAACAGUUUGUUGUUUUCAGUGGCUCUGCCAAAACUGGAAGGAGCUCUCAAAUACCUCAGUGGUGUGCUGAAUUCUGCCUGUCAGUCCAGUUCCAGCACGGCAUGGUGGUUUGUACCCAGAUCCAUGCACAACAGGCUGUAGAUCUUGCCCUAAGAGUUGCUGACGAGAUGGAUGUCAACAUCGGUCACGAAGUCGGGUACAGCAUCCCUCUGGCAACAUGCUGCACUAAUGACACAGUCCUCAGGUACUGCACAGAUGACAUGCUUCUGAGAGAGAUGAUGUCAGACCCUUUGCUCGCACGCUACGGUGUUGUGGUUGUGGAUCAGGCCCACCAGAGGACUGUAGCCACCGAUGUACUCCUGGGUCUGCUGAAGGACAUCGCCCUGCAGAGGCCAGAGCUCCGUGUGGUCCUCCUUACAGCUUUCCAACCCAGCCCCAAGCAGCUGUCCCAUUUUACCGGGGCAGCAGCACCUCUGAUUUACCUGGAGACCCCGGGUGCAGGGGAGGUGGUAUACAGCAGCACAAGCGAUGGCUACUUCUGCUCUGCUCUCCGUCUCGUGCUGGAGAUCCAUCGCUCCGGAGAGGAUGGAGAUGCGGUUGUGUUUUUGGUGACAAUGCAGGAGAUAGAUCUGGCCCAUGACAUCCUGUGUCAUGAGAGGCACAGCUUACCCGCCGAUCUGGGUGACCUGCUGCCAAUAGCUGUGCAUCCUGGGCAGCCUGGGAGUCUCCCGAUCCCGGUGGAAGAGGAGACCACCAAGACCCGCAGAGUAUUCCUCACUUCAAGCCCAAACGAGGACUUCUUCUGGGCUGUUACCUCCAUAAGCUUUGUUAUUGAUGCCGGGCUUGAGAAAAGAUAUGUCUACAACCCCAGGAUCAGAACAAACUCAGUCAUCAUUCAGCCUAUCAGCUCUGGUCAAAGCGAGAGUCGAAGGCAACUGGCAGGUCCAGCGGGCAAGUGUUUCUGUCUGUACCCAAAGGAUAGACAACUUCCUCCUCAGAUACGCCCGCGUAUUGUGGAGUCUGACAUCACUUCCAUUGUGCUGUUCUUGAAGAGGAUGGAGAUUGCUGGACUGGGUCACUGCGAAUUCAUUGACAGGCCAGAUCCUGGAGGCCUCAUGCAGGCUUUGGAGGAGCUGGACUACCUAGCAGCUCUGGAUAAUGACGGCAACCUGUCUGAGAUGGGCAUCAUCAUGUCUGAGUUCCCCUUGGAGCCCCAGAUGGCGAAGACUGUGCUCGCCUCGUGCGAGUUUGACUGCGUCAGCGAGGUGGUCAUCAUUGCAGCUAUGUUGUCAGCACCAUCUUGCUUAGUGGUUCCUUCUGUGGAGCUGAAACCAGAGGCAACCCAGUGCCAUAUGAAGUUCCAGCACCCAGAGGGAGACCACUUCACCCUAAUUAAUAUCUACAAGGCCUUUAAGCAGUGCCAGCAGGAUCCAUACUGUAAUGAAGAGAAAUGGUGUCAAGACUUCUAUCUGGACCACAGCGCUCUCCUGGCGGCUGAUGCAGUUCGCACUGAGCUCACUGACACUCUGAAGAGGAUCGAGCUGCCCAUCUCGGUGCCCGCCUUCGGUUCUCGAAGUAACACGGUCAACAUUAAGAGAUCCCUCUUAGCAGGUUUCUUCAUGCAGGUGGCACGGGAUGUGGAUGGAUCAGGGAACUACUUUAUUCUAACCCACAAGCACGUGGCACAGAUCCAUCCUCUGUCUGGCUAUGGGCCCAAGAGUCCCAAGCUGGGCCUGCCUGAGUGGGUGCUGUUCCAUGAACACUCCUUUUCAGAAGACAACUGCCUCCACACUUUAACCCACAUAACACCACAGGAGUUCAUUCAGAUGGCACCGCAGUACUUUUUCUACAAUUUACCAUCUAGUGAGAGCAAAGACAUCCUGCAAAACAUUUUGAACCACGGAGCGUCUCAGUACCAAGAGGAGAAAUCACAAUCAUCACAAAAGGAAUCUCAGGAGGAUCAGACGUCUGACCGCUGUGUUAUCCAAUGACUGACCGACCCAGUUUCCCCAGUCACGGUGAUGAAAUAACCAGAGGAAUUUUUUGCACUGUAUAGUACAGUAUAUAGCACACUCUGGAUCAUCAGUUACUUCUUUCAUCUGUGCCCUAUCCCUUAUUUUUAUCCCAACAUAAUCUCUGCAUUUGUUAUGAAGAUAAAAAGUGCACUAAUAUAUGAAAUAAAAGCACUGAUCUUUUGCAGGUUUUCAGCACCUGAUUGUUCAUAUUCUUAUAGUUCUCAUUUAAAGAUUUUGUGACUUCCCUUCCUACUUCUCCUCAUAUCUAGUUACCAGACAGAUCUUGUUUGAUUAAUGAACUGCAGGGAGCUUCUGGACACGCCUGCAGCUCCAUCUGGUGUGAAUUUAGCUGACACCAGUGCACCGACACCACGCUGAAAACAUCUUUCACCUCUUUGGUGGGCUCCUGCUUGAACAGUGCAUCAAGGACCACUGACCAUAAUCCACAGGGUGCAGUGCUGCCUUGAAUAGUUUGACAUUCAUGCAGUAUCACAGGAUUUACUGCCCCCCCCCAAAAAAAAGACCUGAUAGAAAUACAGCAGCUUUCCAAACUGGUGUCAAAUGGAUCUCAUUAGCACAGUAACAAUUAAGAUAAACAGAACAUUAUGAAAAGUACAGUGUAUAAAAUUCAAAAACAUUUUAUUGUCAUCCCACAACAAAACAUGCUGAUAAAAACUUCAACAGCACUGUGGACAAACUAGGCCCAGGAGUUUGCAUUAUAUGCUUCCAAUCCAUUCGCAUAUGGUCGUUCUGGAAAAGCAAAUAACAUAUUUUAGCUUAUUUAAGCCUGUCACACAUCAGUUUCUCUUAUUCACAGCAUUACUGGUAUUAUUGAAUAUCAAAAAUACCAAUUAAAGUGAAACAAAUCU